UGCAACAGCAGCCGUUCCAGGGGAGUGUCAUAACGGGGAGUGUCCCGGGCCAGUAGCACAAACAGCGGACUCGACGCCUCUCUGCUCCCGCUGCAGCUCCAAGCGCCCACCGGUCUACUACACCUACACCUUCCUUCCUUCCGUCAGCGAUCACAACCUAUUCAGGCAGGAUGGCAGUGCAACAUCCAGAGUUCAACCGGGCCGGACAGAAGCCGGGCCUCCAGGUGUGGAGGGUGGAGAGCUUUGACCUGGUGCCCGUCCCCGAGAACCUGUACGGGGGAUUCUACACCGGAGACGCCUACCUCAUCCUCAACACCAUCAAACAACGCUCCGGAAACCUGCAGUACGACCUCCACUUCUGGCUGGGUGAUUUCUGCACCCAGGAUGAGAGAGGCUCGGCGGCAAUCUUUACAGUCCAAAUGGACGACUUCCUGGGGGGAAAACCCAUCCAGUACCGCGAGGUCCAGGGAUACGAGUCUAAAACAUUUCUUGGCUACUUCAAGUCUGGACUCAAAUACAUGAAAGGAGGCGUGGCGUCUGGGUUCAAGCACGUCGUCACUAACGAGGUGGUCAUGCAGCGGCUGCUCCAGGUCAAAGGUCGCCGUUCUGUCCGGGCAACGGAGGUGGCGGUCAACUGGGAGAGCUUCAACCAGGGAGACUGUUUCAUUCUGGAUCUGGGAGCUGAGAUUUACCAGUGGUGCGGUUCCCAGAGCAACCGCUUCGAGAAGCUGAAGGCUACUCAGGUUGCCAAGGGUAUCCGUGACAACGAGCGCAGUGGGAGGGCCCGAGUCUAUGUCUGUGAUGAGGGCGUAGAGAGGGAGAAGAUGAUAGAGGUGUUGGGCCCUAAACCAGAUCUGCCUGAAGGAGCCUCUGAUGACAUCAAAGCUGAUGCUUCAAACAGGAAGAUGGCCAAACUCUACAAGGUGUCCAACGCCAGCGGAGGCAUGACCAUCGCGCUGGUGGCAGCAGAGAACCCGUUCGCCCAGAGCGCCCUGGAAUCCGGCGACUGCUUCAUUCUGGACCACGGCUCCGACGGCAAGAUCUUCGUCUGGAAAGGCAAAGACGCCAACAUGGACGAGCGAAAGGAAGCGAUGAAAGCAGCAGACGAGUUCAUCAAGAAGAUGGGUUACCCCAAACACACUCAGGUCCAGAUCCUGCCAGAGAUGGGCGAGACGCCGCUCUUCAAGCAGUUCUUCAAAAACUGGCGGGACAGAGAUCAGACAGUGGGCAUGGGCGUGGCCUACAUCGCCAACAGCAUCGCCAAGAUCGAGAAGGUGGACUUCGACGCAUCCACCCUGCACGACUCCCCCGCCAUGGCUGCCCAGCACGGCAUGGUGGAUGACGGCAGCGGAGAGAAACAGAUCUGGCGUAUCGAGGCGUCCGAAAAGGUACCGGUGGAUGCGUCCACACAUGGACAGUUCUACGGAGGAGACAGCUACAUCAUCCUUUACAACUACAGCCACGGAGGACGUCGGGGACACAUUAUCUACAUGUGGCAAGGCGCAGACUCCAGUCAGGAUGAAAUCGGGGCCUGUGCGAUCCUCGGCUCCCAGCUGGAUGACGAGCUCGGCGGUGGGCCUGUGCAGGUUGUUGGUGCUCCUAUAACCACUCAGGUGAGGGUGGUGCAGGGGAAAGAGCCGGCCCAUCUGAUGAGUCUGUUUGGAGGACAGCCCAUGGUGGUGUACAAGGGAGGAACGUCCAGAGACGGAGGUCAGUCCGCUCCCGCAGACACUCGACUCUUCCAGGUUCGCUCCAACUCUGCAGGACACACCAGAGCUGUGGAGCUUGACGCAGCGUCAUCCAACCUGAACUCCAACGACGCUUUUAUUCUGGUGACGCCCGGAGGCUCCUUCCUGUGGGUGGGAGUGGGUGCCAGUGACACAGAGAAGCAGGGAGCCCAGCAGCUGUGUGACAUCCUGGGAGUGUCGGCCUCUGAGAUGUCUGAGGGAGGAGAGACCGAUCAAUUCUGGGAGUCUCUGGGAGGAAAGACGGAAUACCGCACUUCUACCAGACUCAAGGACAAGAUGGACGCACACCCACCCAGACUCUUCGCCUGCUCCAAUAAGACUGGAAACUUCAUCAUUGAGGAGGUGCCCGGGGAGUUGACCCAGGACGACCUCGCCACCGAUGAUGUCAUGAUCCUGGACACCUGGGAUCAGGUGUUCGUCUGGAUCGGAAAUGAAGCCCAAGAGGAGGAGAAGACUGAAGCGAUGGUGUCUGCGGUCCGUUACAUCGAGACAGAUCCGGCCAACAGAGAUCCCAGGACGCCCAUCGUCAAGAUCAAGCAGACCUUCGAGCCGCCCACCUUCACCGGCUGGUUCCUGGGCUGGGACCACGAGUACUGGACCAGCGACCCCCUGGAGCGCGCCAUGGCUGAACUGGCCCUGUGAGAUCUCACUUGAUCCUCCAUCCCUCCCUCCCUCCCAAUCAGCCCUGACCUUUGACCCCUCUGCUCCGCCGCAAGCACUGAGCUCCAAUCAUAAGACUGUUUUAGCUGCCAAUGCGCCCAGAAAACUUUUUUUUACUUUUUGUUGUGUUUGUUGUGAAGGAUACAGGUCGAUGAAGCGGUGUUUUAAUUCACGUUGUGUCAACCAAUAGCGAUAGAGCUUUAACAGUUACACAGGCUUCCUGUAGGGUUUGCACUAAAUGCAGUUUUAUUGAAGAUAAUUUUUCACUUUUAUUUUAUAUGUCGACAAAAAAAACCCGUUCACUAGUGAAAUAAAGAGUCCUGGUGUGCCGCAACAUCAGAAAACUCACUGCCAAGAAAACACCGCUUAUAAAAAAGCAAUACAACCGAUGCCUUAAUAUUCUUUCCUCUAGUUUACAGUUGAAAAAAGGUACUGUUCCAGUUUAAGGAUGCCUUUAUAGAUAAGUUUAGAUGCCUCUUAUGAUAUUUAUUUUUUAUUAAAUGUCACAGAUUCAUGCCUAGGAAAGCUUGUGUGAUGCUGCAAUAGCAAACUUUGAAUGGGGAACCAACGCUUUGCUGCUUUACAAACCAAUUACGUCUUCUGUGACACUUUCUAAGGUUUCCCUUGUUAUAAUUUCAAUAAAACCAAAUAAAACAUGUCA